UUGCAGAAACUAAUGCAGCCAGAACCUGGGGCCAAUGGAACAGCUGUUACUGAGUUCAUCCUGCUGGGCUUGGUGGAGACACCAGAGCUGAGGCCAGCUGUCUUUGUUCUCUUCCUCCUUGCCUACCUGGUCACAGUUGGGGGCAACUUCAGCAUCCUGGCAGCCAUCUUGGUGGAACCCAAACUCCACAAGCCCAUGUACUUCUUCCUGGGGAACCUAUCAGUGCUGGACGUUGGGUGCAUCACCGUCACCGUUCCCUCCAUGUUGGUUCGUCUCUUGUCCCACAAGCACACAGUUCCCUAUGCAGCCUGCCUCACACAGCUUUUCUUCUUCCAUCAGCUAGCUGGGGUGGACUGCUACCUGUUGACAGCCAUGGCCUAUGACCGAUUCCUGGCCAUCUGCCGGCCCCUCACCUACAGCACCCGCAUGAGCCAGACAGUCCAGAGGACAUUGGUGGCUGUGUCCUGGGCUUGUGCCUUCAGCAAUGCACUGACCCACACUGUAGCCAUAUCCACACUCCACUUCUGUGGCCCCAAUGUGAUCAACCACUUCUAUUGUGACCUCCCACAGCUCUUCCAGCUCUCCUGCUCCAGCACCCAACUCAAUGAGCUGCUGCUCUUCUGUGUGGGUUUCAUAAUGGCAGGUACCCCCAUGGCUCUCGUUGUCACCUCCUACGCCCACGUGGCAGCUGCGGUUCUCCGAAUUCGCUCAUCGGAGGGCAGGAAGAAGGCCUUCUCCACAUGUGGCUCCCAUCUCACUGUGGUCUGCCUCUUCUACGGGACUGGUAUCUUCAACUACAUGCGACUGGGUUCAGCCAAGCUUUCAGAUAAGGAUAAAGCUGCUGAAAUUUUUAACACUGUCAUCAACCCCAUGCUGAAUCCAAUCAUCUACGGCCUCCGGAACCCUGAUGUCCAGGGUGCCCUCCGGUGGGUGCUCCUGGGGAGGCGAUCACUGGCUUGA